GCCUCUAGGCUGCGGAUCGGCGCUCCAACCACCUGCUCCGCGCUGCCGCCGAGGAAGCUGGGCGGGAGAGAGGAGCGGGAGGAGCAGGAGGAGCGGGAGGAGGAGACAGGCAGCUUACACACGCCUUCCCGUCCUCCACUCAGAGCAGCCCGAGCCCGCGGCCGCCGCCACUGCUCCAGCUGCCGCCGCUACAGCCUCUGCCUCGGCUGCCACCUGAGGAGACCCACGGUCGGGACCCCGCGACGCUCCCCGCCGACCCUUCUCUGCUCCCGGUGAUCCGUGCACCGUGCAACUCUCAUCACUCUUCUUAUCCUCUCCUUUGCAAGAAGAGAAACUACUAGAAGAUAGCAGCCAAAAAGAAACCGCGUCUACCUUGACUGACUACUGAAGCGUCUCCUGGAAUAAGAGGGUCGCCCGUCCUGGGAGUAGCAGCCAGAGACGCUGAGGAAGGGUGUGGAGGGGGGAGGGAGGAGUUGCGGGUUCCGCGUGGAGGAAAGUUGCGUGUGGCACAGACCCGACGGCGCAGCACCACAGUCCCCGGGGGACUGUGUGUCUUGGAAAAAAGUCGCUGUCCCCCUAAGGCGAGACCCACAAGCGAGCGGGCCCCGUGGGCCCGGGGACGACGCCCCCUCCUGCGGCGUGGACUUUGUCGGUGGCCUUCUAGGAGGAGGAAUAUGGCAUCUAAGGUGUCCCCUUCUUGCCGUCUGGUUUUCUGCCUCUUGAUCUCCGCCGCGGUCCUCAGACCAGGCCUUGGAUGGUACACUGUCAACUCAGCAUAUGGAGACACCAUUGUCAUGCCUUGCCGUCUCGACGUACCUCAGAACCUCAUGUUUGGUAAAUGGAAAUAUGAAAAGCCUGAUGGUUCCCCAGUAUUUAUUGCAUUCCGAUCUUCUACGAAGAAAAGUGUGCAGUAUGAUGAUGUCCCAGAGUACAAGGACAGACUGAGCCUCUCAGAAAACUACACUUUGUCUAUCGCCAAUGCUAAGAUCAGUGAUGAGAAGAGAUUUGUGUGCAUGCUAGUGACCGAGGACAAUGUGUUUGAAGCACCUACCCUAGUCAAGGUGUUCAAGCAACCAUCUAAACCUGAAAUUGUAAACAAAGCACCCUUUCUUGAAACAGAUCAGCUGAAAAAGUUAGGUGACUGCAUUUCAAGAGACAGUUACCCAGAUGGCAACAUCACGUGGUACAGGAACGGCAAAGUGCUGCAACCUGUGGAAGGAGAGGUGGCCAUACUUUUUAAAAAGGAGAUUGAUCCAGGAACUCAGCUGUCUACCGUGACUUCCUCCUUGGAGUACAAGACAACCAGGUCUGACAUACAAAUGCCAUUCACCUGUUCUGUGACAUAUUAUGGACCCUCCGGCCAGAAAACAAUUUAUUCCGAACAAGAAAUCUUUGAUAUUUACUAUCCUACAGAGCAGGUGACAAUACAAGUGCUGCCACCAAAAAAUGCCAUCAAAGAAGGGGACAACAUCACCCUUCAGUGCUUGGGGAAUGGCAACCCACCUCCUGAGGAGUUCAUGUUUUACUUACCAGGACAGCCUGAAGGCAUAAGAAGCUCAAAUACUUACACACUGACAGAUGUGAGACGCAAUGCCACAGGGGACUACAAAUGCUCACUCAUUGACAAAAGGAACAUGGCGGCUUCAACGACCAUCACAGUUCACUACUUGGAUUUAUCCUUAAACCCAAGUGGGGAAGUGACCAAGCAGAUUGGCGAUACCCUGCCUGUGUCAUGCACAAUAUCUGCAAGUAGGAACGCGACUGUGGUGUGGAUGAAGGAUAACAUCCGGCUCCGGUCCAGCCCUUCAUUUUCCAGUCUUCAUUAUCAGGAUGCUGGGAACUAUGUCUGUGAAACUGCUCUUCAGGAGGUUGAGGGACUGAAGAAAAGGGAGUCGCUGACACUCAUUGUAGAAGGGAAACCUCAAAUCAAAAUGACUAAGAAAACUGACCCCAGUGGACUGUCUAAAACUAUAAUCUGCCAUGUGGAAGGGUUUCCAAAGCCAGCUAUACAUUGGACCAUUACCGGCAGUGGGAGCGUCAUAAACCAAACAGAGGAGUCUCCUUAUAUUAAUGGCAGGUAUUAUAGUAAAAUUAUCAUUUCCCCUGAGGAGAAUGUUACAUUAACUUGCACAGCAGAAAACCAACUGGAGAGAACAGUAAACUCCCUGAAUGUCUCUGCGAAUGAAAACAGAGAAAAGGUGAAUGACCAGGCAAAACUGAUUGUGGGAAUUGUCGUUGGUCUCCUCCUCGCUGCCCUCGUUGCUGGCGUCGUCUACUGGCUGUACAUGAAGAAGUCCAAAACUGCAUCAAAACAUGUAAACAAGGACCUUGGUAAUAUGGAGGAAAAUAAAAAGCUGGAGGAAAACAAUCACAAAACAGAAGCCUAAGCGAGGAGUGGAUUGGAUAGCCUGAGGAAAAAACAUAUAAACAAAUUGAAGCAUGAACGUGGAUUGUAUUUAAGACAUAUACAAAGACAAAUGACAGCAAUUCAUGGUUCAAGUAUUAAGCAGUUCAUUCUACCAAGCUGUCACAGGAUCUUAGAGAAUUAUCUCAAGUAAAACAAUGAAAUAAAGUUAUAAAAUAAAAUUACAAGAUUUGGCAGCCAUGAUAAUAGGUCAUAUGUUGUAUUUCGUUUGAUUUUUUUUUUCUGUAAAUGUCUGCACUAAGGGUUUCUUUCAGUUUGCCUUUUCUGUAAAUUUUUUACGUAGCUAUUUUUAUACACUGUAAGCUUUGUUCUGGGAGUGGCUGUUAAUUGGAUGUAUAAUGUAAUGUUUUAUUUCAAUUGUUUAUAUGGAUAGUCUGAGCAGGUACGGUUCUGAUUCUGAUUGCUAUCAAUAACACCCCAUACUUUCUUUGAACAUACUUUGACCUGAACCUCAAAGGUGGCAGUUGUGAGAUUGGGACACAUAUCUUGCCCAAUCAGAAGCUGUUUCUUAUCUUGAGAAUAGGGAGCACCAUAGGAUAUGAUGGUCUAUGUGCUGCCAACAGGCUCCCCAAAGCGAGUCACAAACACAUACAGCAACACCACUCGAGAAUGGUACUCUCAAACUGACAAUGUUUUCUUCUCUGAAAAAGACAUACACAGAGUGUGUAUCACAUUUACUUACCGACACUUGCUAGGAAAUGACAUUCUGUUUAAAGAAAAAAAUUAGAAAAAAAAAUAUGGAAAAAAAAUAUCAGAGAAAAGUGUCAGAGAAAGUUGGAAGCUCGUAUCCCCAUAGUCGCAGAUCACGAUGUAAAUCACUGUAAUUAAAAUUGGUGUUAAAUCCUUUGGGUUUUCCACUGCCUUAAAAUGAUACUUAUUUCCUUAAAAAAGAAAAUAAAAUAAGAGAUAUCAGUCAGAAUUGCAGAUUUUUAACAGUGGUCAUUAUUAAAGCUGUGUUAUUUUCCACAGAAUAUAGAAUAUAUAUUUUUUUCGUGUGUGUUUUUGUUAACUACGCUACAGAUAUUGAAUGCACCUUGAGAUAAUUUAGUGUUUUUAACUGGUACAUAAUUUAUCAAGCAGUACAUGAAAGUGUAAUAAUAAGAUGUCUAUGUAUCUUUAGUUACAUUCAGAUUUGUAACUUUAUAAACAUGUUUUCUGCCUGAGGUACUUUUUAAGAAGGUAGUGUACAUGGGACCUUUUUGAAGUAGACUGGAUAAGGGCCAGUAGCGACUUGCGACUAGACUUUAAACUUUGCUCUUUCAGGUGGAGGCUUCGUUUCUGGGAUCACACUGCACCGCCAUUUUGACCCAGAUUUAUGUGUAUAACUUUAACUGAAAAAAAAAAUAUGACUAUUAGAUUUCCAGGUAUAGAACUGUGUUCUUUGAGAGGGAAAAGAAAUAUGGUGUUUCCUUUUAGACACAAACAAUAAAAUUAUUUUGAAGGCAAUGAGAAACUAAUCAAAGAUUAAUCUCUGUUGGAGGUUGGGGAUAAUUUUUUGCCACUUCUGCAGACUGAGAGAUGUGUCAUUGGACACGUGUAACCAUUUGAUAUCUGAGCAAUAGUGUCUCAGUUUAAUAAAAGCUUCCUAUAGUACAUUGGUAUGGAUUAAAUACAUAAAAUAUUCUAUUAGAUUUCAUGCUGUAAAGAGAACAUGUUAUUUUGCCUCUAAACUUUGAUUUAUUGAAGUUUUAUUUGGCAAGAAAAAAGAAAUUGAAUCUUGAUCAAUAUUUAAACCAAAGGGAAAAGGGAAAACCAAAACCAAACCAAAGUUCUUUGUUUUGCCUGGUUACGACAUUCAGUUUAUCUCUGUAAAUAUUAUGAUUUUUUUUUUGUUUAGAAUUUUGUUAAAGAAAUUCUAAAAGUUUUAAACACCUGCUUUCCACAAUAAGCCAUGAACACUACAGUGAGAUUAGUUCCCUAUUAAUACUUCUCUCUCUCUCUCUCUCUCUCUCUUUCUCUUCCUCUCCUCUCCUCUCCUCUGCUCUCCUCUCCUCUCC